GGCACACCGACCUGAACCUGAACGCUGCAGCCAUGGUCCUCCGGCAGGGCAUCCGACAUUUCUUCCCAUCCCUUAGGUCUUUCAGUUCAUCAGCAGUGACCUGUGAUGCUCACAUCUCCAACAUUGGGAAGGUCCCGAUAAAAAUCCCACCUGGUGUGACGUUGACACCCUCUCCCACCGCGCUGUCCGUGCAAGGACCGCUCGGCACGACAACAGUUCACCUUCAUCCCUUCGUCCAACUCACAUUUCAAGAUCCAAACACUGUUGCUGUGACCGUGGAUGACUCCUCUGAGAAGAAACAGCGAUCCAUGUGGGGCACCACCCGCACGUUCAUCUCCAAUGCCAUAGUGGGCACAUCGGAGGGAUUCAAGGUGCCUCUGAAUUUGGUCGGCGUCGGCUAUCGUGCCGCUCUGGAGGAAGAUCCGCGCGGAAAGGGCGACGGCCGUAGUGGUCAAAGACUCAGCAUGAAGCUUGGUUACUCGCACGUCGUGUAUAUAGCGGUGCCGGAGAAUAUCAAGGCGGAAGUGCCGCAGCCGACGAAAAUCAUUCUCAGCUGUAUCGACAAAUACCAGGUGGGGCAGUUUGCGGCCGACAUCAGGAGGUGGAGAAAACCAGAACCGUAUAAGGGCAAGGGGAUCUUCGUUGGUGACGAGGUGAUCAGGAUCAAAACGGUCAAGAAGAAGUAGUGUCGUCGUUCUUUUUGCUCUCAAUACGGCAUGUCCUGCGUAUCACGUCCAUUCUUCCAAUGCGCAAAUUGGUAUCCCAGACGGCCAGUACGUUAUGCCGUACUAUCAACGGUCAAAACUGGCUUCUACAAGAAUUUCAUGCUCUCCGCUCUGACUCGU